UGGCCAAAGAGAUAAAUUGUGAAGAUAUACAUUGAGUCUUGGAAUGCUUGGAUCUUUUAUUCAUACAAAUCUGCAUUGGGAUAUACACACGAUACAUAACAACCAUUCAAUAGAUUGAUUCACUACAAUUCUCGGAACCUACCGAAUUCACUAUCACAUCUGACAGUUUGGCGGGGUACAUUCAGCCACCAUUCACUUACAGAUACUUUUAAUCAUUUAUCCCCUUGACCGUCUCUCUGCACCCAAAACCAAGCUUUUAAACGCCUCUCACAUCUCUUCUUCUUACAAUCUUUUCAACCUAUCACUUACCAACAUCACAAUCUCGCCAUGUCUUCCCCCACACCCCCCACAACAACAAAACUGGAGCUUCGCACCGCCUAUGGUCCCGUCUAUCGCGAUGUACUCAAUACACCACCUCGUCCUUGCACAGAUACAGAGAUCCCCAUCAUUGAUCUUUCAAAUAUAAAUUCUCCUAAUCUGAGUGAUCGUCAAGCGUUGGCUGCAGAAGUACGUGCUGCGGCGGUGGGGACGGGGUUCUUUUAUGUGAAGAAUCAUGGUAUCGAAGAGGCAGUUAUUCAGAAGGCAAAGGAGCAGGCUUUGAGUUUCUUCAAACAGCCAUACGAAGAAAAAGCAAAGAUAGACAAAAGUCAUUCCCGUUACUUUAAUGGCUACAUGGGAUUAAAAAGUUCAAACAUAAGUCCCGGAGAAAGUGUAGAUGUCAAAGAAUCCAUCGCCUGGCGCUACGAGCCCGAAAAUGAUCCAGAUCACCCCCAACCCCUUUCUUCCAUCCCUUCGGAGGUAAAACCCUGGAUCCGAGGCGAACCCUUCGUCUGGGAAGGAACUUCGCAUCUUCCCGAUUUCAAAACCGACACUCUCGCCUAUUGGAAAUCCUGUCUCUCACUCGCACGCAAACUUGUCCGAGUCUUCGCGCUCAGUCUCUCUCUCCCAGAAGACUAUUUCGAUUCCCGUGUUACCUACCCUGGAGCAGAUGGCCUUUACAAUUAUUAUCCGCCCAGUACCGAAGCUGAAAGAUCAAGCAACAGUGUAGGACUCGGAUCUCAUACUGAUCUCCAACUUUUUACUCUCCUCUGGCAAGAUAUGAUAGGCGGUCUCCAAGUACUAAACAAAGAAGGACAAUGGAUCAUGGCGGUUCCAGUGGAAGGAACGAUAGUUGUUAACAUUGGCGAUUUUAUGAUGAGACUUUGUAAUGAUAUGUAUAAGAGUACCGUUCAUCGAGUUUAUAACCGAGCGACCGUGGAGAGAAUUUCCAUGCCAUUUUUCUUCGGACUCAAUUUCAACUGUGUAGAAGGUGUAAUCUCUACUUGUACUGAUGAGAAUAAUCCGCCAAAAUAUGAACCGAUAUCUUGUGGUGAUUGGUGUCAACUUAGGUUCAAAUUGGAGAAUGAUGAGUUCAAAGAGAAAGCUGCACUGGCAAAAGCACCCAGUGCCGUUGUUGUCAAGGCUUAAGAUUGUAUGAAAACGACUUCAUGUCGAGUGUUCGGAAAUGGGUAACACUCUGUGAUCAAUCCUCUACUAUUGCAAAAUGAGUUUGGAUAUGGAGGACCAUUUAUCACAUCAUAAAUAAUAUAUCGAUUAUAUCUUUACAAUAGUUAAAAAUUGCAUUUAGUCUAUUGGAUAAAAAUUCACAUCUCACCU